AUGUGCAGUGACGGAAGAGCAUCGAUGGCAUCCAAGUUGUCUUCCCCUAGGGCUCGUGAGAAUGGGAUGCAAUGUGACAACGUGUGGGAAGGUGAGGUACAACUCUUCACGAACUUCUUACUCCCGAAGUCCUCCGAGCACAGAAAGACCAUGAAGAUAGGCGAGAAACCUUUGGCCGUCUUCACACGGGAAGAGUUGGAGGAGGUGGAUAGCCGAGAGGUCGAUGACGAUACCGACCGCUUUCACGACAAUGACGACAUGAGAUUCGUGACUUUUGGCUUCCGAACUUCUCGGCUCAUCGACCGGGAGACCUUGCCAAAAAAACUUAUCAAGGUUCUUCAAUCCACGGUCAGGAACGGGACUCGAUCAGAGAACGUCUUGAAUGAAAUGGCUGAAUUAAAUUCUCAAGAUGACAUCUCUCAAAUUCGGGGACUUCUGGACAUUAUUUCCAAUUUCGAUGACUCGCAUGAAAUUUCCAAGCAGGAUCUUCUCUCGAAGUUUGGAUAUUGGCAUGAAGGAAACAUACUUGAACAUCCUCAUGAGGGAAACGUACUUGGACAUCCUCGUGAAGAAAACGUAUUUGGACAUCCUCAAGCAAAUUUGUCUACUUCGGGAAGGUCCCCUUUCGCGAAGGGAAGAUCGAUAAAGGAGCCGCCAAGCGAAACGAAGAAUCUGAAGGAUCUUCCCACCCUGGCAUCCACCCUGAGGGCAGAGGGGAGUAUGGCAACACUCACCGGCAAAGGAACGGCGCUCGGAAUUGUGCCCAAUGCGAAAACGGACGUUGCUGGCGGCAAAAUGACCACGGGUUCUUUGCAACAACUGGUGGACAACAGACUGGACGCUGGCCAAAAUCCCCAGCCCAAGAAUACAGCCAAAUGGACCUAUGUUGAUGGACCAAGAGGGCCGGCGAACUGGUGGAAGUUCUACCGCAACUGCAACGGGAGGCAGCAGUCUCCGAUCGGGAUCAUCACGGACAAGGCCGUCGAGACGGAGUUCCAACCCUUCCAAAUCCGUCUCUAUGAAACCCUACCCUCUGCUGUGUCCAUCCAGAAUAGCGGUCAUACAGUGAAGCUGGUGACGAAGUCGAUGGACAUGCCAACAGUGAGCGGCGGUGGAUUGCCUGGUACUUUCAAGUUCGCUCAGAUGCACUUUCACUGGGGCAGUGAUAUAUUCACAGGCUCUGAACACGUUCUCAAUCGUCGCAGAUUCCCCAUGGAAUUGCACGUGGUCCAUCGGAAUAUCAAGUAUCCGACGACUGAAGAGGCUGUCCUGAAACCCGACGGCCUGGCAGUGUUCGGCAUCUUCUUUGGAUUGCAAGCAGAGGACAACCCAGCAUUGGAAGAAAUCGUGGAGGCGCUUCCCCGAGUCCAAGAACCAUUCACCAAGACCCAUCUGCACCCUUUCCCCAUCUCUCAACUGCUUCCAUCCGACCUCCACGCUUUCUACCGCUACAACGGCUCGCUCACGACUCCAGGUUGCCAGGAGGCCGUCACGUGGACUGUGUUCGACGAACUCAUGGGUAUUUCCAUCCGCCAGUUGCAGGUCUUCCGAACCCUGAAAGACUCCGACACCACCGGGAAGCAACUGAUGAACUUCAGACCCGUCCAGUCGCUCCACGAACGACAGAUCCUGAGAACUGCAGGAGCAGGCGGCUACGGCAGCCUCUUUUCUCCCUUCGCCGACAUCAAAGGAUUCAUGACCCCUUCUGUGAGAAAACGAGCUCAGCUGAUUCGACCCCUCAUCAAACGUGCCAUCGGGAUGUCUUCGCUGGCCUCCAGCACUCGCUUGCCCAACGGAGGGUUCAGCAUAUUCACACCGGGCUACGCGUACGUGUCAACCCCGACGGGGAAAUAGUCCGUAGAGCUGCAACCCUACAGGGCUACGAGUCUACAGGACUGCCAUUCUGCAGAUACAAAGUUUACACACAUGCAUUCCGGUGUACUUCACCCGA